UAGACCACACAUUUUAUACGGAGCAAUGGGAAUAGUUGGCAGAUGAAAGCUCUGUCCAUGGCGGUUUCUUCUUCUUCUUCUUCAACUGGAAAAUACAAAUACGACGUUUUUUUGAGCUUCAGAGGAGAAGACACACGUGGCGGCUUCACAGACCAUCUCUACGCAGCCUUAAAACGGAACGGAAUAAUCUUCACUUUCAGAGACGAGAAUGAGAUCCAACAAGGAGCCGACAUUUCUUCCGACCUGUCGGCCGCAAUCGAAGCGUCAAGAAUUGCGGUGGUCGUCGUGUCGGAAAACUACGCUUCUUCCAGGUGGUGCCUCGGGGAGCUCCUCGAAAUCUUCGAGUGCAGGAAGAGGUUGGGAAUGACCGUUUUGCCCAUCUUCUACAAGGUGGAUCCUUCCGAUGUUCGCAACCAGAGAGGGAGUUUUGCGGAAGCUUUUGCCAAACAUGGAGAAAGAUUUGGAGAAGAAGACUUCAGGCUCACAAAAUGGAGGCAAGCCCUCACACAGCUCGCCAACCUCAAAGCUUGGCUUUCCCAACAUUGGUCACAUGAAUCAGAAAUCAUAGAAGAAAUCUCUGCAUCAAUAUGGAAAAGAAUCAAACCGACCUUGACACUCACUCGAGAAGACCAACUUCUUGGAAUCAAUUCAAAACUAGACAAACUUUCUUCACUUUUGAACAGAAACUCAAACUCAGAUGAUGAUGAUGGUGUGUUUUGGGUAGGAAUCCAUGGAAUGGGUGGCAUCGGUAAGACGACAAUAGCUCGGGUUUUUUACGAGCAAAUCCGCGACGAAUUCGACGCUCAUUGCUUCCUCUCCGAUGUUCGAGAGAAGUUCGAGACGUCGGGGCUUACAUAUCUACACAGCAAACUCCUGUCAAGAUUAACGUUUUCAAUGAAGAACAAUGACAUAUGGGAUGCUGAAGAAGGCAUUGCCAUGAUAAGCAGAGCAAUUUUUCAAAAAAAGACACUUCUUGUAUUGGAUGACGUGGAUCAUUCAGACCAAAUCAAGGGGCUGAUUCCAAGCAAUGAUUUUUUUGGUUAUGGCAGUAGAAUCAUCAUCACAACAAGAAAUGCAGAUCUGCUUUCCAAUGAAUUGGGAGUUAAAAGAAUUCUUGAAAUAGAAGAACUCAAAUACGAGGAGGCCCUUCAACACCUUAGUUUGAGUGUUUUCAUGAAAACAUGUCCGGAAGAAGGUUUCUYGGAACAUUGCAAAAGCAUCAUCAAGCUUGUCGGAGGGCACCCUCUUGGGCUAAAAUUAUUAGGAACAUGUCUAAGGAACAAAGAUUUGGGUGUGUGGGAUUGUGUAAUAGAAGAACUCCAAGAAGGUGGGAAUAUUGAUAACCAAAUUUUCAAGUGUCUGAAAGUAAGUUAUGAUGGGUUGGAUGAGAGGGAGAAGGAUAUUUUCCUUGAUGUGGCAUGCUUCUUCAAGGGAAAAAGGAGAGAUUUUGUAGAAGAAAUUCUUGAUGGAUGUGGUUUCUAUGCCAGAAGAAGGAUUGAACUUCUCAUUCAAAAAUCUCUCAUAACUCUAUCUUAUGACAAUAAAUUGCAGAUGCAUGAUUUAUUGCAAGAAAUGGGUCGGAAAAUUGUUCGUGAAAAACCUACCCAACAAGAUCGAUUGUGGUGUCACAAGGAUAUUAAAUGUGUGGUUACAGAAGCAUUGGUCCAAAGCAUAUAUUUCAAGUCCCCAAGAAACACUGUUGAGGUUCCAAUUUUGUUUUCAAGAAUGCAACAACUUAGGCUGCUCAACUUUCACAAUGUGAGACUGCAAAAUCACUUGGAAUAUUGCAUUCCAACUGAGUUGAGAUAUUUGAAGUGGAAAAGAUACCCCUUGGAGUUUCUAAGAUUGAGUUCUGAAGAAUAUAAGCUUAUCACGCUUCACAUSUGCCAUAGCAAUUUGAAGCAAUUUUGGCCAGUAGAAAAGCAUUUGGAGAAGUUGAAGUACAUCAAACUCAACCAUUCUCAGAAGUUAUCCAAAACUCCUGACUUUGCAAAAAUUCCAAAUCUCAAAAGAUUAGAACUUGAAGGCUGCACGAGUUUAGUCAACAUUCAUCCAUCAAUUUUCUCCGCAGAAAAACUAAUUUUUCUAAGUUUGAGGGAUUGCACCAAUCUCACCAAUCUUCCAUCUCAUAUUAACAUCAAGGUUCUUGAAGUUUUGAUUCUCUCUGGUUGUUCAAAACUCAACAAGGUCCCAGAAUUUUCAGGCAACACAAAUAGAUUACUGCAACUCCAUUUCGAUGCCACCUCCAUAGCAAACCUUCCUUCAUCAGUAGCAAGCUUGAAUCGCCUAACAGUGCUGAGCUUAAAGAACUGCAAAAAGCUAGUCAACAUUUGUAGUGUCAUUGACAAGAUGACGUCUCUCGAGAGCUUAAAUCUUUCUGGAUGCUCAAAGCUCGGAAACCGAAAACGAAAGAUCGACGACAAUGUCGGAUGCUUGGCGGAGCUCGACGUGAGAGGUGCUCCAAGAAGAAGAGACGACGAGGGUAAAGUCGGAGUUAAUAUCUUCAAACAGUUGUUUCUUUGGUUGUGUAAGGCUCCAGAAAGUGGCAUUUUUGGGGUCCCUUCGCUGGCUGGUUUGUACUCUCUUACGAAACUAAAUUUGAAGGAUUGCAACUUAGAAACAAUCCCACAAGGGAUUGAAUGUUUGGUGUCUUUGACAGAGCUUAGGUUGUGUGGCAACAACUUCUCUCAUCUUCCAACAAGCAUUUCUCGACUUCAUAACUUGAGAAGAUUGAAUAUAAAUGGAUGCAAGAAGCUUCUGUGCUUCCCAGAGUUGCCUCCAAGGAUUCGAUGGCUGAUGUCAAAGGGUUGCAUUUCACUGAAAAACAUUCCAAACAUUUCAAAAGUGGACCAUUCAUAUUUCAUGAGGGAAGUGAAUCUUCUGAAUUGCUACCAAUUGGCUGACAACAUAGGGCUUCAUAGAUUGAUCACUUAUUGGAUGGAGAAGAUGCUUUUCCGGAAAGGAACAUUCAACAUCAUGAUCCCGGGGAGCCAGAUCCCGGAUUGGUUUACAAUGACAGAAAUGGGAUCUUCGAUAUGCGUCGAGUGGGAUCCCGACGCGGCGAAUGCCAACUUGAUUCGCUUUGCUUUGUGCGUCGUCUGUGGUCCGACGAACCAAGGCGACAUUAUCGAUACUCCCUUCGCCAUUAUCGCAUCUGUGACGGGAAGAGGUGCUGAUGACCCAUGUUUGAACAAUGGAGAUCUUAUUGUUAAUGCAUUCAAUGUUUCGGGGAUGAGGAAGUUGGACCAUAUUUGGUUGUUCGUUUUGCCUCGAACCAAGUCUCUGGCAAGGAAGAUUAGCACAUGUAAAGAGAUUAAGUUUCAAUUCUUGGUCCAAGUUAACUAUAGUCGAUCUGCUUCUUCGCCAAGUAUCGCGCUGAAAAAGUGUGGAGUUCAUUUGAUAAAUAUGGAAGAAGAGAAGGAAGCCAUGAAGCGAUAUGCCUCUUAUAUCAUCUUGAAGAACAAGAUGAGGUCAUUGCUAAAUGUAAAUUGAGUGAAAUUCACAGUAGGAACUUCUCAUUCCUCUCUUUUAUAUAUGUUAGUAGUACCGUAAUUGACUUGUC